AUGACAUGGGGUUGGAGGAAAAUUCUUGCGUUACGUGAUUUACUUCGGCCUUAUAUGUGGAAGUCUAUCGGUAAUGGCAAUAACACGAAUGUAUGGAGCGAUACUUGGUGCACUGCUUGUCCGAUCCGUGCUUAUGUUAGUCCGAGAACUAUAGCUAAUGCAGGUUUUAACUUGCAAGCUACUGUGGCAGAGUUGGUGGAUUCUAACGGCCAUUGGAGGUGGCCGGUUGCUUGGUUUGAUUUGUUUCCUGUCUUAAUCAACAUUCACGCUCCGGUACUUCAUGAAGCUCAAGAUCGGUUGGUUUGGAUUAACUCUGAAGGAAAAGCAGUUCAUUUUUCUUCGUGGGAGGUAUGGAAUAAUAUCCGUCAUCGUGAGAAUAUCGUUGAUUGGUUUAAUAUGGUUUGGUUUAAACAGUGUAUCCCGAGGCACUCUUUUAACUUGUGGCUGGUUAUUAGAAACAAACUUAAAACCCAAAAUAGAUUGACCAUUUGGGAGGCGGGAAGUGCUAUGAACUUGAAUCUCAUGUGUUGCCCCUUGUGUAACCAUGGUAAGGACUCGAGAGACCAUUUGUUCUUUGAAUGCUUCUACUCUUCGGAGGUAUGGGAUAGUAUCAAGGAUAUGGCUGGUAUGGGUGAGGUAAAUGGCCGAUGGACUGACAUAAUGCAAUGGAUGACUGAAAAUUCGAAUAUGCAACAACCGGCCAACGUUACUAGUAGGCUUGUGGUUUCGGCAGCUUCCUAUUUUGUAUGGCAAGAAAGGAAUGCUAGGCUUUUCUCUCGGAACCAGCGUACGGCGAUGAUCUUGGUUCAGGAUAUCAUUAAUAUAGUUCGUAUGCGUCUCAUGACUCUAAAGUUCAAGUUGGGUUUUCUCAACAGACGUUUUCUUGAGAAGUGGAAGAUUCCGGCUAGGAACUUGGUCAUUGAUCCUGGCUAG